CCUGUCUUGGUAGAGAGAGGCACAGGUGUAGCCGCACUGAUUACCUGAAGUGCCUGGUACCAGAGGUCAUCAAGUGCAGCCUCACCUAUUACAGUACUGGGCGAGAGAGAGAUAAUCAGGACAGGUACAAUAGGACGCUUAAAGGGCCACUAAAAAAAACUGUACUCCUGCUCUGCCUCUCUUGACCUACAUCUACACAAAGAAUUACAUUUGUGGAAAAAGUGGAUAUGAUAUUAGCACAAAUCCCACAGCUGCAAACAGACACACAGGUACAACUGGAAAAUCAGACUGAAAAAGGUCAAUAACGCAAUCCAGGCACGUUUGAUGAUUCAGCAGUGUCAGUCUUUCCCCUAAUCCUAAAUGAAUAUGGCUUCACAGCAUACAGUGACCUGGCCUUCCGAAUGUGAUGAUGAUGAUAGAAUGUCUUUUCUCUUCUCUGCUUUCAAAGAGAAUCGUGAUGUAAACAGCUCAGACUGGGAUAGCAAGAUGACCUUUUGGAUACCUCUUAUUCUCAAACAUGCCAAAACCAAUGGACUUAUAAGUGUCACACUGCGUCAGCUCCAAGCAGAUUUUACCCGUAAGGGUAGAGUCCCAUUGGGACUGGGAACUGUCAUCCAGGAGAUGAUCAGACAGGGGGCUUUGCAUAAGGAAUCGGACUUUGUGGCCGGCAUCACAAAUGGGUGGCUGACAUGGAGUAUGAGACAGCUGGUAAUAAAACCUCUCCAGUGGACUGUAGGAGCAGUGUUGGGGCAUCAGAUCUCUCCUGAUGAAGUGCUUGUGGUACCUGAAGUAAUAAAGGAGCGGGCAUCAUUAGCACUACAGAAGUAUAAGUCCUCUCAUCUCCACUCUCUCCCCUUGCUAAGCGAGGAGGAGCUGCGUUCACACUUCACUGAGCUGUGUCCUGAUAAUUCUGCUCUGAAUCUAGUUCUUCUUCAGUUGCAAAGAGAAAAGAAGAUCUGUAUGUUGGAGAGAGCAGGAAAGAAGCUGAUAAAGUUUGUGCAGAGUGGGGCAGCUCAUGUAACUCCUGUUAGUGAAUCUGAUCUAGGCAUCUAUGAUUUAAAGCAAAGUGAAACACUAUUAUCAGAGCGAUUACAAAGCACGUGGGAGGAGUCAGACAGGCUGAAAGAGGAGGCAAGGAGCUACAGCCAGGCAGGAAACAAGCAACAGGCUCUGCGAUGCCUGAGACGUAGGAAACUAGCAGAACGACGGAUAUCUGACUUACAGAGCAAACUAGACAAUGUGCAGAGUAUUCUUGAGAGGAUAUCGGCUGCUGAGACUGACCGCAAGGUGAUCUCUGCAUACCAGACUGGAGUCUCUGCCCUGCGUUUGGCCUUAAUAGAUGUCAACCUAGAAAAGGCUGAGAGUUUGGUGGAUCAGAUCCAGGAGUUCUGUGAUCUUCAAGAUGACCUUAAUCAAACCCUUUCUGGAGCAACAUUCAAUGAAGCCAAUCUGGAUUCUGAAGAACUUGAGAAAGAGUUGGAUGAGAUUCUUCAGAGGGAAGAGGUUUUGUCAAACAAAGAAAUGCAUAUUGACCUUCCUGAUGUCCCCACUGGUCCAAUGAUCACCACUCCCCAGCAGCCCAUUCUAGAAUUUGAUGAUAGAGCUUCCCCACCAGGACAAUCCACGGUCUUAAGUUACAAACCUGCACUGGAUCCCAUGUUUCAGUGACACUUGAUUCCAUGAUGGUGCCAUGUAUUUAACAUGUUUAUGUGGUUGUAUCAAGCAACUAUCACUUGGCACUUUAAGUCUUUCUAUUGUGAUGAAGCAAACCUAGCAAAUCUUGUCUGGUUGCCUUUGGUAUUGCCACAGUGGUAAAGCACUAAAGAGAUGAUUUGCACCAAUUGGAGAUGGGCCAUUGAUGCUCCAUACCCUUGGAUUCUAGGGAGUAUUCAGUUUUAAUCCCCUCCCAAUAAAUUCAACAAAUUGUGCUAUUGACCAAUCAUAUGUAACAUAUACACACACACAGUAUUCUUCUGCCUAUGGCCAUUUUCAGUUAAGGUGACCAGUGAAUGGGUCACACUGUAAUUCCACCGUGCAUAGGGCCAAUGGGUAACAUCAUUACAUUUUUAAAAAUGACCACAAUUAUAUAUGUGCCUCUAGCUUUAUGGUAUAUGCUAACAUUUUGUAGAAUAUCUACAUUAGACAUUUCUGUCCUAAAAAGUUUUUAUUUGUGUGCCAUAGCCCUAAAUUUAUGGCAUCUACUCGGGGUGACUAAUGAUAUGUGUCUUUAGGCUGACAUUAGAUAGCUGCUUGUACUCUUGGUUACCUGAGUCAUUUUGAACCACUUGCAUUCAUAGUCCCUGUGCAUCUGCUCAAACAUAUCCAAUCCACACUAACAAUAGCCUCACUCUUCAACAUCACAAGAAGUAGCUUAGAAAUAACUAAUAUUAUUCCUCAUAAAAUCUCACAUAAGUACAUCUUGAGUCAUUAUUGUACAAAGUUUCUUGGUUACUUUGGUAGACAAUAAGUACUCGGGCUGCUUGACCCUCAUGGAUAGGUUAUUUCUCAACAAUAAAGCACCUUAUUACCUAAUUGAGAAUAACCACUUAAUACUGUGUACGUGUCUUAAAAGUGCUACCCCUACUACUAUUUUAUUUUUAAAACAAAUCUAACUCUUAAACAAAUCAAAUGAAAGUACUCUCAAAUGUAAACAAUUUCUUACCUUGUCAUGACUAAACAUAUGACACAUUUACGUACCUUGUCAUUACUAAACAUAUGACACAUUUACUUACCUUGUCAUUAGUAAACAUAUGACACAUUUACAUACCUUGUCAUUACUAAACAUAUGACACAUUUGCGUACCUUGUCAUUACUAAACAUAUGACACAUUUAAUAAUGUAUCCAAUGGCUUAAAACAUAGUUUACUUUUUAAAUGUUUUUGUCACAAUUGUAUGUUUUGUUCUGGUCAUACUAUUUCUGUUUUCAACAAAUCAAGACAUAUUUUCUCUUGACCUUCUAUGUUUUAUGAUGGGGAAAUGCUGUAAUCUUAUCAUGCACUUCUAAUUAAAAAAUAAUGGUUGCA